UCCUUGUUUCGGUCGGUGGCUCCCUCCCUUCCUCCCUGGCUCCCUCCCUGGGCGCUCGGCGGGGAAAGGCACCGAGGCGGGGUCACAUGCGGGCCUUGUGGGUGGCCAGGCGCCGCCCAAAGACGACGACGACGGCGGCGGAGGAGGAGGAGGAGGCGACACGCUUCCCCCGUUCGUCCCGGAGCGCCUAAAGGGAAGCAGGGAAGAAGGCAGCCAGGCAGGAGCCCCGUGGCGGAGGGGGUGCUGGUGGCCCCAGCAGCGGAGGAGCCCGAGGGCCGGGCUGCCCGGAUUGGCCGCGGAAGGGCCCGCGCAGAGCUCCGCCCGAAGCUGCCAAGGGAAGCAAGGAGGAGAGGAGAGGAGAGGCAGGCUGCUGGUGGUGUUGGUGUCGGUUGCUGCGCUCCUUGGCUGGAGAGGAGCCCUCCUCCUCCUCCUCGUCCUCGUCUCCUUGUGCGGCAAGGCCAAGGGGGGCCCUCCCUGGACCGAUCCAUGACCAUGGGCGACAAGAAGAGCCCGACCAGGCCAAAAAGGCAAGCGAAGCCUGCAGCCGAUGAAGGCUUUUGGGAUUGUAGCGUCUGCACCUUUAGGAACAGUGCGGAAGCCUUUAAAUGCAGCAUCUGCGAUGUCAGAAAAGGCACCUCCACAAGGAAACCUAGGAUAAAUUCUCAGCUUGUUGCACAACAAGUUGCUCAGCAAUAUGCUACCCCACCACCUCCUAAAAAGGAGAAGAAAGAAAAGGUGGAAAAGCAGGAAGAGAAAAAACCAGACAAAGAAAAAGAAAUUAGUCAAAGUGUUAUAAAGAAGAGUACCAACAAGAAGACAAAGCCAAAGUCAGAAAUUGUGAAAGAUCCCCCAAGCGAAGCAAACAGCAUACAGUCUGGAAAUACGACAACAAAAACCAGUGAUCCAAAUCACACCUCAAGGCCCAGACUGAAAAAUGUGGACAGAAGUACCGCCCAGCAGUUGGCAGUCACAGUGGGGAAUGUCACAGUAAUUAUCACAGACUUUAAAGAAAAGACUCGCUCUUCCUCCACAUCUUCAUCCACAGUGACCUCCAGUGCAGGAUCAGAACAGCAGAAUCAGAGUAGCUCGGGCUCUGAGAGCACAGACAAGGGCUCAUCCCGAUCCUCGACGCCGAAGGGAGACAUGUCUGCAGUCAACGAUGAAUCUUUCUGAGAAUUGCACAUGGAAUUGUAGGAAACUUAUGAAAUCAGGGUAUGAAAUUCAAAUAUUCCAGCUGUCCACUAGGGCUGUAGUCCUGGGAAAGCUACCGGUGCCACUUCCUCCUUAUCUUCCACCUCCUGUGCUUCAACAUGCUUUUUGAACCUCGUCCCCCUAACCAAUGACACCAGGACUGUAUGAGCUUGCUGUGGGCAUCUGGCCACCAUGGAAUUUCGCACCCUGACAAUUACUUUUUGACACUUAUGUAUUCCAUUGUUUAUAUGAUUUUUUCCUAACAAUCAUUUAUAAUGGGAUGUGCUCCUGACUCUUAACUUUUUUAUAAAUCUGCUGUGCACAAUUUUUUUCCAUGAACAUAAAAACAGAUUCUAUUUCUGGUGAGGGAAUGUGAUACAAGUGGGAGGGGGACUGUAGGAGGGUUUUUAUUUAUUGUAUUCAAAUACUUCAUCUUCUUCGUUUUUGUUUUUUCAGCAUAUUCUUUUAAAUUCAGUUCUCCCUCUUCUUCCAGUUAUACUGUGUACUAUCAGUUUUGAUAUAAAUUAUAUAUAAAUAUAUAAAUAUAUAUAUAUAUAUAUAAAAUAAAAUUAUAUAUACGGUUAUUUGAAACCAAUACAUGGAAACGCUGGUGCUUGAAACACUGUGAAGUGAAACAAUUUUAAGAUCUGGGACAGUGAGUGCCAUUUGGAAAAGGAACCGGAACUGGUCUUAGAUGAACAGAGUAUUCCUGGAAGUUCAAUUUGAAAAUGGGACCUUGCUUUCUUCUUGUGCUUUGGCUGAAGAGUACUGGACAAAGAUAGAUGUCUAUUUUCUUACUUUCUGUUCUUUUUGAAAUCGAAAAUGUGCUCCAGGUCACUUGCAUUCCCAGUAGAGUAUCUGAAAACAAUACAUUUCCAGCCCUUUCUAACAGCAGUGUACAGAUUUUAAAAAUUAUGAGCUACACUGGUUUCAGAAUGCUUAAUAUUAAUGUACAUGAUGGCUGCACAUUAACACUGUCCAUUUUGCAUAACAAAUCUUCAAAACUCGUAUCUCACAACUUUUACUGUAGCCAGUGUCCAUAUUUGUAUUCGUUUGGGAGGGAGUAACAACUAAAUAUCUGUUUAGAAAAAGGUUUGUUCGCUUGUAUGUUUAAAGGUAGCCAAAAGCCUUAAUACCAAGGAUUACUCCUCUCAUUCCCCUAUAUUCUGAUCAGGCUACUACAGUGUGUGAUCUGAUGUCUCAUGGCUUGUUCUCAAUGCAAAAUCUUCCAUGUCUGGCUCUACUGUUUUGGUUUCUUAAUUGAAUUCAUUGUGUAUCCUGAGGGUGAUCUUUUCUUAAAGAGCCCGUCGUCCCUGAUGAUGUGUUUGGGAUUGUAAGUUUUGGACAUGUCUAGAUUAAAACAAUUUAUUAUGGGAGCAAGAAUUGUAAAGAAAUUCCAUAGUGGCAAGGGAGCAACAGAUGGCCAAUAAUUUUGAUUCUUGCUAGAAAGUUAUUCUGAUAAUAAGUUCCCUUCCACUUCCAAAUUGUGUUACAGUUUUACCUAACAUGUGUUAUCCAGCUUAGAACACUACAAUGAAGAUAUGGAACAACAGCAGCAGCAUCCCCUCAAACUCAUUGUGUGUGCUUUUUUAGGCGACCCAGAGUGCUUUGCUGUAAUUUCAGUAACAUUUUUAUGAUAUCAAAAUAUGAAUACCAUGUGGGUGUUCAUUCUUAGAGGGCCACUUGCCAGAACUUGGUGCUAGACUAUAAUUGUACUAAUUUCUUGUUUGAAAAAUAGUAAUUAUUUCUCUUGUAUGGAGGCAAUGAAAUUGAUGCAUUUUAUCAGUUUAAAGUAGCAAAUAGAAGCUCCUUUCAUAUCAGUUUUAAAUUUUAAUCUAUGCUUAACUGAAUAAAGCAACUCUGCUCAAAGAUGUGGAGUAGCAGAGCAGUGCCUUUGCAGCUGCAGUUCAAUUUUGAACAAGGUGGGUUCCUUAUUAAAUUGUUCGUAUAUCUAAUUAUUCUUUCUUGAAAUCUUAUUCUUAAAGUAUUUAUUAAAAAGAGAAAAGAACCAAAGGAAAACCAGAUGAUUCUUGUAAGCUCUGAAGUACAUUAUUAUCUGUAGUUUUUAAUAGUCAACAUCAAUCUACAUUUUUAUCAUUGGUAUGGUAUUGUAAAGACAUUCCUUUUCCAAGUUUUACUGUUGCUUUAAAGGAUCUCAGGGAGGGUAAAUUGGUCAGCCAUAAUUUAUUUUUGGAGAAAAAAUAAUUUUUAAAGAGAUGUUUUGAAUCCCAGAUAUGUGUAAUUUGCACAGCUUUUUUUAAAGGAAUGAACCAGAAUUAAUUAGGCCUGUGUAUAUUUGGCCCCUUCCCAGCAAAGACCUGAGCUUUGGGCAUGUGUAAUGAGAGUGCACCUGUGUAUACAAGUGGUGUAUUUCCUCCAGUGGCUUACUAGUUUAAGUCCUUGGUAAAGGAAAAAAAGCAGUGUGAGUGUUGAGAAAAUUACUUAAUAUGGUGAGCACCACCCACUAAGCACUGCUGCUUCAUGUAUUUUCAUAUGGCUUUUUGUGGGCUGCCAUUCAAACAGUGUGCAGCAGCGGAUGGUUGGUGGGUUUUUCCUGGUGAACUAUGCCCCUUAGGUUAGAUGAUAAAAGCUUUAACCGUAAUGAGCUGCUCAUUGGCUUACCAAUUCAGUGAAAUCCUCUUUGGGUUUUCUUUUCUUUCCUUUUUGUUAAAGUGUGCCUCUGUGACAUAUUAGCUUGUUAGACUAAAGUAUGCAAAUCCAUCUUUGGCACAAGUGGAGUGAGUGAAACUGCAUUUGGCUGAAAUUGUCAGCUAAGCAUUCAAACUUUCUUGGGCCGCAUUUAUAGCUUGUUACAUUGUGAUCAGACAGCACCCAUUUAAAAAAAAAAAGCAUGAUGCUUUAAAAAUGAAUUUCCUCUCACUUUUCUGCAUUUCAUUUAGCCAUAAUGUAGUCAGAGAGCAUGUUUUAAAAUACUUCGGUAGAAGAAGGGCCAAAAAUGCUUGGUAGCCAGUGGCACAGAAAGCAGGUAAGGAAAAAGCACAGCGUUACAUUUGCAAGUUUCAAUUUUUACAAUUCACACACACACAAACACAUAUGUGUGCACACCCAUACACACGACAGCUUGCUUGACUUGUUCAUUUUGAAAGAGUCAUGCAAAGGGAACAAUUUAAAAGGUAAAAACAUUUAAGAUGGGGAGUUUUAAUUGAAAGAAUUUUGCUUGUUAAAAGUCAGUUUUCUAUUUUAAAAUUGGCAGCAUCUAUAUUCAGUGAGAGACACUUCCAUCUGCCUUAUCAAUACCAUUUUCAGUCUACUUUUUUUAAACAGCCGUUAACGUAAAUUAUUGAAAAUCAUUACUUGCUGACUAUAAUAACCUUUGCUUGUAUGUAACCGAAAAAAAUGGUUUGAGAGCCAACAUUUAGAAUAUGACAAUGGAGCUGAACAGUUUUUAAUGCGCAAGCAGUUCUGUUCUUGUGUAUGACUUGUAACCUUAAUUUACUGUGUAAAGAUGGUUACAUUAUUUCUUUAGCUUUGUUUGGAGACAAAUAGAGAAUGCUUGUUUAAGUAUGUCAAGACAUAAUUUUAUCUUGUGGAUUUUUAUGUUAAUGUAUUAUACGAGCUAUAUUUUUCAUUUGCCCAGAAAGACAGCUUGUAUAACGCUUUUGGAAGUUUUCUGCUCUGUAAAGUCUUUAGAGCUGACAGUCCUGUUAGGUUUGUUUUUAAUCUUCAUGCUAAAAGUGUCAAUGGUGGUUUUGUGAACUGGUCAGAAAAAUUCACAGGUCUUAAAUGUUUUCGGGAAAUUUAUAUUGGACACUGCUCUUUGUCUAGCAAAUAAAAGAUGUUAAUAUAUUCCUGUUA